GCUCUCGUCAAUACGAAUCAGCACGAUAGCAUCAGGAGCGAUCACAUGACAUGUCUUUCACAUUGGGGGGUCACUCCGUUAUCGUAUGCAAAAUUUUGAAGUCCAGACACCGGCAUCGGAAUGUUUGAGGCGACACGACUAGUACAAUCUCAGGAGAAACUGAAUAAGUGUUAUGUGAACCCUAUAUCAAGUACUAGACUUCGCAUAAUCUGGCAUCUGCACGUCUGCUUCAGCCCUCCCUUUGCAUUAAGGGCUCACCCAUUGCAGUAAAGCUACAACUUCGACUUCGUGCAGUAUCAUGAUGGUGGCGGCUCUAUGCAGGUGGGUCGUCGGGGUUGCCCUGGAGGUCGGAGGCUCGGUUCUUGCAGUAAUUGCGCUCACUCUGCAAAAAUACGCAGUUUCACACUGGGGCGCGCCUCGAAUGAGGUUCAUGUGGGGAUGCGGUCUUGCACUCUACUGUAGUGCAAUGCUAUCUUAAGGUUAGUUUCUCAUAAUUUGUUGUCGCGUGGGGCAUCCCAAAUAAGUCAUCACUUGGAAGAGGACGCUGAACCUGAAUUUCAAGAUGAAUUCGAGAACUGCGAAAUGUCGUUCUCUCAGGUCAGGAGGAUGAGAAACUAAAUAGCUCGCACUCUAAGUAUAUAGUCCAAUCACAUUGACACUGAUCCCGCAAUCGGUACAGUCAUCGCUAAGGCCGGUCACGCUGGUCGCGAAUUCGGUAUACUCAGAGCUGCUGUAAAGUAAAUAAAUCAUGACACGACCAAUUACCCAUGAACCCACGAUAGUCAUAGCCAAAAAGAAAAUCAAAUUAUAAAUACGUGAAAACAUAGCUUUUAAAUGAACAACAAAUAGUUGUAUGUGCUGUGAUUGUAAGUGGCACCAAAAAGAUGUGUAAUAUCGAUGAGAAUACUAAAUAUAUGAUUGCUAAUUAUGAUUUCCGGACCCCAAAUCAAAUUUCAGAUAUUGAGCCCAUGCUUUUUGGGAGAAGAGUUUACGCGAUUUCACCUCUUGUCGAUCAUGUUGAUUUUUUUCGGAUCGAUAUGCAUUCUCGGAUUUGGACUCCAACCGCAAGAUAUACCUGCGCACACGGAGAAAUUGACGAUAUCACAUGUCCUGGAGAUGAUCGCAAGAGCCCCUGUAGUGGUCUAUCUCUAUGGCUAUGUAGCUUUUAUUUUUCAUGGUCCUGUGCUGGUCACGGUCAGUGUUACUUUUAUCUAUGUAGAUAUAAAUCUGUCUGAGUGGACUAUUUCAACUUGUAGUUGCAAUUUUCAUGCUCUUCCUCUACUUUCUCAAGGGAACCUAGCUGCUCAAAUGAUGGAUAAGAUUUUUGUGAUUCAAGGCCAAGAAAGCCACUUAGUUCACACCCUGGAAGAGAAAGUGUUGUCUUGCACACUAGAUCUAGAAGUAGAGAAGUCCUUUCUGCUAAUAAAUGAGUGUGUUUGUGGCGAUGUGCGUCUUCACAGGACAGGUACUGAUGCAGUGGAGACGCAGCGGCGAGGGUCACGAGGGACUCGCUAAGCGAGUAUCGCCAUUUCAGAUCAUGCUAUGCAGCACUUUGGGGUGCGGGAUUUCGGUGACCUGUGCGAAAUUAGUCGGCACGCUUGUUGACGAUAACUACGUUCAUUCGCUUGGAAAGAGCGAAUCGAUGCCACAUGCACUUAUGUUGUCGAGAGAUACUAUUCGUAACCAAGUUGAUUUUUUAGAAGUCACAUCAAUGAAUGCAAAUGUCCGUGCUUACUAGCUGAAAAAAAGUGGUCAAGAUCCUCGUCAACAAGGAGGCGAUACUCUGCACGGACAUACCGGACUAGAUUCUCUUCUAAGACUGCGACUGCCACAUCCAUCCAUCAGGGUAGCGAAUCUAGCAGCUUCUGGAUGUGGGCUUUCUUCUCUCCGACGGGCCGCGGAACUCUCUGCCUCCUAUUCUUUGGCUGCAUCUGCGUCGCAGCAAUCUCGAUUUUUUUCUAUGCCACUGUUCUUGACAAAACUUUUUCAUGAAAUAUUUUCUCCGGUUAUAUUAAAGUAUUGAAGAGAAAUUGGCAUUGGUGUCACUACUAUGCAGAAGACAUAAGAAAGCGUACUAUUUUUUGCGCUAAUCCACUUUUACAUCUUUAUGCGAAUCUAUUUUGUUAAUAAAUACAUAGUUGUAAUCAUUUUCACGCACAAUGAGUCAAUGACACCACAGCCACAGGCGAGGGCAAAAAUAAUUCAAAUAUUAUAUCGAGGUCACACAGAAAAGUGCAAUGGCUGAGCACUAAAAAUAACAACAACCACCUCUAGUAUCGGCACAGUCAUCUUUAACAUCAUCUUUAGCUGGUGUAAGGGUAUAUAUAAACUAAUACAACUCAUGUGUUUGCUUACACGCCAAACGUUCAUACCCGGCUGAACAUGUGCUUGCUGCUGGCGCCGAGUUUGAUGGUGGUGACGCUUGAGGUUGCCCUGUCCUUGGUCUUCGAGCUGAUGUGUGGCAACGUCUUUUUCGUUAUGAUCCUUGUUGUGACUUCUAGGAAAUGUACAUGAAUGAUACAAACCGAAACCAGCAUCGCCACGCUAUCCACUCGAACAACGUAGAUUGAUACGUCAACUUCAUCGUAUCAUUAAAGAUGCCGGUGCGACCGACUACUUCCACUCGUAGAAAGGACGCAGACUAUUUUUUUCUAAAGCGAUAAGAAGUAUUUGUAGAAAAGCGCCAUUUUCUAAUUUUGAAGAAUACAAGUACUACACGAUGCGAUCGGCAAUGAUGUCCCUUGUUGGCGUUUUCUUCUCGCUGUUAGGGGUUUAUUGCUUGCGACUGCAGAGAGCACGUGAAUCCGACGAAGGCUCCGCUUUGCUUGUGGAUAAAAAGGAAAAGGCAGGAUUAAUGGGGGUACUUUUAGAUGCCAUAGCCAUGGUUUAAAAAAAAUUGUGAUCCUGGAAAAUCUCAAAGAAAGUAUUUAGUGAGUCCGAGCUUACUCAUAUUUCAGGAAAAAUUGCGCAUAGCAAGCAGGACUACAGUCUGCGCAUGAAUUUCAUAUGCAUCAUCUAGAUCAUAUUUUUUAAUUUUAUCAGGUAAUUUUGACUUCGUCGAAUGGACGCUUUUGGGAUUUUUCAGUACACCAGAAUUCAAAGUCUUCAGAACCAGAGAAAGUGCAUGUGUCGUACGGCGGUGCCAUGUGAAGACAGGAAGCAAUACCUGGCAAACCGAUCGUGCUUCGCGCGAUGUUCACUCACAGGGAUCAUUUUAGAGGCGCCAUGUUGAGCAGCGUGUGACGCCUGCACGGGACCCUCGUCCAUUAUAUGAUCACAGCUGGAAAUGAUCUAGUACUUUAUUCCGAGUUUUUGUUUCCUUUAGUCUUAGUACAGGAUCACCGACGUCACCUUGCUGUGUGAAUGCUCAGGAUGCUUGGACAGAUGUACAUUCCGCAUGGUCGACGACUCAUUUUCGCCUCCCUGAUGAACAUGAAUAUUCCGAAUGUAACCCACUGGCAGUUGUCUGCAUUGUACCACGUCCAUGCAUACCUCCUUAGACAAGAACUGUAUCGGGGGGCUCCGCGAAAAGGAAAAUAUCCUUCAAGUCGUAAGUCUAUUGUGUAAAAAUCAUGAUUGGAGAACCACCAUAAUGCUACCACCUUAAUAGAGAAUGCGAUACUUCUUCGACUUCCACGGCGCUAUUCUCAUCCAUAUAUAUAAGGUCUUACUCAUGGUGUGAAGAAGUAUUUGAUUUUCGGUUCAUCUUCAUCUUCAACCCAAUCAUCAUGGCCGUCGUGGUGAUCCCGGAGUCGGAAAUCUUUGACUCAUUCUCUCCGCCCUAGAUGGAUAUUUAUAGAUUUUGUCAUAGACAGGCAGGUCCCUGAAAUUCCUAGAAUCAUGUUUCUUGUAUUUUCUCACCUACUUGCUUCAUCUGAGAGAUCGCUCAGCAUGUGACCGUUGACCAGGGUCUUCUACGUAGAUUGACGUAGAGUGACUUUCUAGAAGAUUUACCACGAUUGCGAAAUACAAUCCAUAAAUAAAAGAGUCUACGUCCAUUUGCAGCGUGACUGCGAGCCACGUAUAUUUGGG